AUGUCUGCAUCAGAUACAAAUACAAGUAUUGGAUUUGAACGGCCCAGAUUGGUUGCCAAGAAAAUCUUGGCCAAGCCUCAGAGUGAAGGCGAUGGUGCUGUUGUUAGAAGAAGCAUUGGAAGGCCGGAGUUGAAGUCUUUGGAUCCCUUCCUUAUGUUGGAUGAAUUUGCAGUUACACCUCCUGCUGGAUUUCCUGACCAUCCACAUAGAGGUUUUGAGACUGUUACAUACAUGCUACAAGGCACGUUCACUCAUCAAGAUUUUGCGGGUCACAAGGGCACAAUACGAACAGGUGAUGUGCAGUGGAUGACUGCAGGAAGGGGUAUAAUUCACUCGGAAAUGCCUGCAGGAGAAGGUACUCAAAGAGGUUUGCAGUUGUGGAUAAAUCUCUCAUCCAAAGACAAAAUGAUUGAACCUAGAUACCAAGAACUACUGAGUGAGGACAUCCCAAAGGCAGAGAAAGACGGGGUCGAGGUCAAAAUCAUUGCAGGAGAAUCGAUGGAGGUUCAAUCUCCAGUUUACACUCGAACUCCAACAAUGUAUCUCGAUUUCACCCUAAAACCCAAUGCUCAACAUCAUCAAAGCAUCCCAGAAUCUUGGAAUGCUUUUGUCUACAUAAUUGAAGGUGAAGGGGCCUUUGGUCUUCAGAAAUCAGUGCCCAUAAAGGCACACCAUGUCUUAGUUUUUGGUCCGGGUGAGGGUCUAAGUGUAUGGAACAAAUCUUCCAAUCCAUUGAGAUUUGUUUUGGUAGGUGGGCAGCCACUGAAUGAACCAGUGGUUCAGCAUGGUCCUUUUGUGAUGAACACACAAGCUGAAAUAGACAAGACCAUCGAAGACUAUUAUUACAGCAAGAAUGGUUUCGAAAUGGCAAGACACUGGAGAUCUCAAUGA